AUGAGGCCAGCAAUCGGUCUUGACAGUGUGGAAUCUAGACCUCGCAAGUCCUCAGUCGGCGAUACCCCAUCGAUAACGGGUGACCGCUCAAGCCAUGGCCUUACCACUUUCUUCCUCUCGCGUGACGGCGACAUAUCAAAGUCUUCUUCUGACAGGAAUGUUGACUCAUCGACGUCGAACACAUCCUUAUCUCCCGUCGUCAGUCUGCAGGAUAUGAUUCAAGAGGCCGAUCAACCUUACAAACACCCCACUCCGAGAUCACCUGUGGGAAGAAGUGGGAGCCGACGAAGAUCCACGAUCAAGCCCGGGACAUGUACUGGUCUACGAAGGGGUUCGUCCUCUAACAGUAACGAUCCAUGCAUACCCGUUCCAGACAGAGGGAUCACACCAUCUCCUCUUCAUUCUCGAGAGAUUUCCCUCUCAAGCAGUCCCAAGUCCGGUUCCUCCAGAUCACUCCAGAAAUCUGAUGAUGGGUCGAUCAAUGACGAGACGGGUAGUCAGGCAAUUGCAUCGAGUGAGGAAGAUGAAGGAGAGAUGCCUACAAAAGUGCAAGACAGUCAACCCGAGCUUAUCAUGCCAAGUAUCAAGAUGCCUAGUCGACGGCCUUUCACGGAACGAGGCAAGGGGUUGGGAAGGUUCAAGAUCAUGGUUGCAGGGCGUAAAGCGUCUGGAAAAACCUCGCUUAUCAAGUCGAUCGUUCAACUGUGCGAGGAUAUUGUUCAUGUGGAUCCCUUGUCGCCUUCCUCGUCCCUCCAUACCUCCCAUCGAGACUCUCAUCUUGGUCACUGUGCGACGAGCGAAAUCUAUGCGAGUACUAAGCCCUACCCAGGGUGGUGGUCCAAUGUUGAGGAAAGCCGUAUACUCAGGAGGAGGAAGAGCAUGGGUGAUUCGGUACUGGAGAGGAAUAUCUGUUUUGUCGACACAUCAGACUCGGUGAAACUCGAAAAGAUCAUCAGCUAUGUAGAGCAACAACUUGUCAACGCUCUCUCUUCAGUUGAUCAAUUGAGUGGAGAAUUUUCAGGAAUGCUAAGCGGACGUGGAUCUUCACAGGUGGAUGUCAUCCUCUAUCUGCUACGUCAAGAUGAUAUCAAAGGUGAUUGUGAACGGAUCCAACAACUUUCUGAACUGUGCAAUGUCAUUCCGCUAAUAGCCAAAUCCGAUCUCCUCUCUCACGAUGACAUACAGCAGGUUAAGCAGACUAUUGACCUCGUCAUAACAGCCCUCCCCCGAUUACCCGCUUCGUUAAACUCGGAUACUUACGAACAGAAAGCCCAAGCAACAGCCCCAUAUACAGUUACAUCAGUCAAUGGACCCGAUCUGGAUACGAUGGAUGCAUCGCUACUGAUGUCGUCAGAAUACAUUCAGCCACUUUUACCUUCGGAGCUUCGGCUUCUGGUGGAUCAUAUAUUUGAGCUCGACACUGUAGCUUAUCUUCGACACAUGUCGGCUCGAAAACUAGUGGCCUGGCACGCCAGUCAUCCUAGAUUAACCACGAUUCCUUCACCUUCACUCCCGUCGGUGCACAACUCAACCCUUGCGUCUCCGAUUCAGACAUCACUGAGCAAUUCAGGCCUCCUGAUACCACUUGGAUCAGAGGUGUCGCUCAACACAUCCAAUAGUUGGGCACUGGCCAAAGUUGCCGAUCAUACACAACGAGAAGAGCGGAUAGCUCAAGUUCGGCUAUCCAAGUGGGCCAGUGAAUUGCAACUCAGUCUACAACGGGAACGUGAGAGGUAUGAGAGGUUGGCUCGAAGUGAGCGAGCGGUUUGGUUGGUGGAAAGGAUGGGAGAAGAAGUUCGCGACGGCAAGUUCCACGUGGCGGAGACUGAACAGGCUUUGGUGCACAAAGGAACCAAGGUCACUAUGGCAUAUGGAGAUGUGCCGAACUAUCAAAUGCACGAUCCAUUGGGUCUACUGCGAUGGCAAGACAGCAUGCGAACACGAGGAUGGAUUGCUCUGCAGGUGGUAGGCAGUUUUGGGGUCAUGGGUGGGCUUGCAUUUUGGCUAGCAAAGACGUGGGGAUUCACGACAUCUCUCAAUGACUGGGCACAGGAGUUACACGGGUCAUGGUUUGGCAAUGAGUGA